AUGAAAUCGCAAUUGUUUACCCGUAACCACUUUAGUGCCUCCGGAACAGUGCGUCGUGCCCACAACAAGGAAACCAAUGAGCCAGUGGCCAUCAAGAUCAUGAAUCUUUCCAAACAACCCAAUCGGGAUUUGAUAAUCUCCGAGAUCCAAGUAAUGGAGCACACCCGGAAUGAAAACAUCGUUAAUUACAUUGAAUCUUUCCUCUUGAAAAAUGAAGACGAGUUGUGGGUUGUUAUGGAGUAUUUGGAUGGAGGUCCCCUCACUGACGUUGUUACGGAAACUGUUAUGGAAGGUCCGCUCAUUGCUGCGGUUGUCAAGGAGUGUCUCAAAGCCAUUCACUUCCUUCAUGAAAAGAAUAUCAUUCACAGGGAUAUCAAAUCGGACAAUAUCCUACUGGGCAAAUCAGGCCGAGUAAAACUCACAGAUUUCGGUUUCUGCGCUCAAAUGGGUAGCCGACAGAGCAAGAGACAGACAAUGGUCGGCACUCCCUACUGGAUGGCCCCCGAAGUCGUGAAUAAAAGCGUCAAGUAUGGACCGAAAAUCGAUAUCUGGUCCCUGGGAAUUAUGAUCAUUGAGAUGUUGGAUGGUGAACCACCUUAUCUUAAUGAACCUCCACUUAAGGCUAUUUACCUCAUUCAAACUCAGGAACGACCUCAGCCAAAGUCAACUGAAGUGAGUCCCUUGAUGCGAGACUUCCUUGACAGAUGUCUUCAAAGCGACCCCGAGAAGCGAGCAUCAGCAACUGAGCUGUUAGAACACCCUUUCCUCUUGGACACAAAGCCUCUUUCUGGUCUCUGUGCCCUUAUUGAAGCUGCCCGACGCAACCUUAACAAGCCCGUGUAA